AAAAAUAUGAUGAACUUUUAAUGAGUACGGCUAGUGGUGGUGAUGGUGGGGCUAAGUCCGAGCUAGCAGUUGACCAUAUGGCAUUAUGGGUGGAGGCAUCGGGUGGGAUGAAAAGGGGGAAAAUAUUUAGGAUGGGAUCCUUGUCAAGGGUAUACACAACAAAGGUUGCAGCAAGUUCAUCCUCCAGUGCUGCUAUUUCAAGGAGGACACAACUUGAUGAACAAGUGACCCAAGAAUUGACCCAAUUGAGACAUUUACUUGUAGAGAAGGAUGAAGAAAUAAGAGUGGUCAAAGAACAAAUGUCACGGAAGGAUGAGGAAAUGAGAGUGGUCAAUGAGCGACAUAAAUCUCUGGAGUCUCAAAUGCAAUUGGUCUUGCGACACCUCAACCUAAAUCCAGAUGAGGUUUCUCCUGUACCUCCCACUAAUCAAAUAGGUGAUGGGCACAAUGAUGGUCAGAUUGCUGCUGAUGAUGAUGAUGAUAUUGUCCGUCUAAUACUUGGAUGA